GGAACGAGUUUCCCAGAUCGAGGCGCAUUGACGUCAUUCGUUGUUUGUGAUUGGUCAUAACCUUUUCCGGUGAGGCAUCCAGCCAUCCAAGGACUGUGGGAAAGCCAGCUUGACGGAACACAACAACGUCGACAAACACAUCGAAACGACUCAGGUCAGCAGGUCACCAUGGCGUCCAGCAGUACAAGCAGUGAAGAAGAGAGGAGCUUGCGAGAAUGUGAGCGCUAUGUUCAGAAGCACAACAUCCAGCAGCUGUUAAAAGACUGCAUUGUGCAGCUGUGCACCUCCAGGCCUGACAGGCCCAUGGCUUUCCUCAGAGAUUACUUCGAGAGGCUUGAAAAGGAGGAAGCUAAACAGAUGGUUAGCCAGCAGAAGUCAAGCUCUCGAUCUGAUUCUCGUGAAGAUGAGGUCUCUCCUCCCAUGAACCCUGUGGUUAAGGGUCGACGACGCCGUGGUGCCAUCAGCGCAGAGGUCUACACCGAGGAAGAUGCCGCUUCCUACGUCAGAAAGGUUAUUCCUAAAGAUUAUAAAACUAUGGCUGCCCUUGCUAAAGCAAUCGAGAAAAAUGUGCUUUUUGCCCAUCUUGAUGACAAUGAAAGAAGUGACAUUUUUGAUGCCAUGUUCUCAGUCACCUACAUUGCAGGAGAGACUGUUAUUCAACAAGGGGAUGAGGGUGACAACUUUUAUGUUAUUGACCAGGGUGAAAUGGAUGUUUAUGUUAACAAUGACUUGGUGACCAGUAUUGGAGAGGGUGGCAGUUUUGGUGAGUUGGCUUUAAUCUAUGGCACUCCGAGGGCAGCCACUGUCAGAGCAAAGACCAACGUCAAGCUGUGGGGGAUUGACAGAGACAGCUACAGGAGAAUACUCAUGGGAAGUACUCUGAGAAAGAGAAAAAUGUAUGAGGAAUUCCUUAGCAAGGUCUCCAUUUUGGAGUCUCUGGAUAAAUGGGAACGGUUGACUGUCGCUGACGCCCUUGAGACUGUCCAGUUUGAGGAUGGUCAGAAGAUUGUUGUGCAGGGUCAGCCUGGGGAUGAGUUUUUCAUUAUCCUUGAGGGGUCUGCAGCUGUUUUGCAGCGACGGUCAGAGAAUGAGGAGUUUGUGGAGGUUGGAAGACUCGCACCAUCUGACUACUUUGGUGAGAUUGCCCUGCUCAUGAACCGGCCUCGUGCCGCCACCGUGGUCGCUCGCGGCCCACUGAAAUGUGUAAAACUUGACCGUCCCCGGUUCGAACGUGUGCUCGGCCCCUGUUCGGAUAUUCUGAAGAGAAACAUACAGCAGUACAACAGCUUUGUGUCUCUGUCGGUCUGAGAUGCCUGAGGCUCUUUCCUCUUCUAUUGCAGGGUCCACCAAUGCAAAUCCGCUUUUCGUACCUUUUCUUUAUGCAUUUUCCAACACCCAGGUGCCCAUUCACUUCAGUGUUCUUUCUGUCUGUUUAUCGGUUAGUGCUGUCGCGUUUGUGUCCAUCAUAGGUUUUCCAUGAGGCUGAUUGUUAGUUUUGCCUGAGAAACGAGCCAAUUAAUGUGCCACAGAUGCCUGUCACGUGAAAAGUUGUUGAAAUAACAAGUCCAUCAGGAUUUUUUCUAGCCUCCUUAUUGCUUCAAGUUUCUCUGUAACAGUGUUUAGAAUCGAAAAAGGUAACAGUGGCAAGAAUGACAGUUGCGUUGUGUAUUUACACAGUAUAUUGUGAUGUAUCUUAUUUGAGCCAUUGAAGAGUUUCAGAUUCAGUUUUCCCUCAUUCACUUCAAGCGUUUGAAUAUAGGGAAGCCAAAGGCAAAUACUUGUGUGUUAUGUUGUUUUCUCGAGGGUACUGAAGUUUAAUGUCACCGUGUUAAUCAUGGUGAUAAGCUUUGCUCUUAUUGUUCUAGCUGCACAUAUAUAGUGUAUGUAAAUGAUUAUAUUAGAAGUAAAUGACCAUAACCAUAUUUUUUUGCACAGUUUGAUAUCUAUAUAUACGUAUAUAUUAAGAACACUUUAUAUGCGCCUGCUGUUUUUCAUUGUGGCAUUUGAUCCUAAUUGCAUUAGGGAAACAAAGGCUUUUUUCGUACUCUUUUGGAUAUUGUGUUCUUCCAUCAUCCUCCAUGUUACAUAUACACGGGCUUACGCUGGACUCUUAUGUGGAGCAGAUCAGGAUUAGUCAAAUCUCUUUUUCAAGUUACACUUUUCACAUUUUCUGUGUUACGAGAUGCUGUUUGUUGCAGUUGCUUUUGUUUGUUUGUCCCACACACACACACACACACACACACACACACACAGAAUAAUGUUAUUUUCAUAAAACCGUUAUUGUGUUUUACAUUUUUAGAUGUUGGCACAAAAAGUCGACGUUUAAUUACGUUUUUUUUAUUCUUACGAUCAGGAAAUUUAGAGAAUGUAAUGGUUGUGGUUAAUCUUUGAUUCCUGGCUGACACAUUGACAAUGUAGACACAGUGGGAAGUGACUGCUCGAUGGCCUCCUUGGUGGUCAUGAUUUUUUAUGCCUUUACUGUUAGCUUUUCUGUAUGAGAGUUUAUGUGAACUGCUUCGAACUGUGCAUCUCUCUUUUACCUACACUUUUUAAACUAAAAUAAACAAAAUUUGAGUAUGUUGGAAGCAAGUCAGGGUUUAGAAUCUGAAAGUUGGUUACAUGUCAUCAGUGUCCUUUUUUUGUUACAGAAUCAGAGUAUUUACUCUGCUCAUAGUUAAAUGAAGUCUUAAAAUGGGGACAGUAUUUACAGCUUGUGUUAAUUUGAUAGGGUCUGUAUACCAUUUUGGUUGGAGUCCGGACAAUGUUAUGAAAUAGAUUUGUGAAACAAUACUGUCACCACCAUGAUCUAUUAUCAGUUAUUGUUCUUUUUGGUUCUCGGAGUUGUGUUGUAGAAUUUUACUGGGUGGUACGAUAUAGUGUUAACCACUGCUGAAGGUAGAAUUUAAUUGAGGUCACACAGAUACUCUUGUAUUAUUUUUUUAAUAAGCAUUAUUUGUCCCUUACUUUGUUGAGUUAUUUUAAGUAUACAUAUAUCCAGCUCCUCUAUAUAACAGGCUUUUGUUGCAAGAUAUUAUGUAGGUUUGAAAAGUGCCUGGUUUCUAUACUUUUUUCCUCCAGUCUGUUUUCCUCCUGUAUUGUUUGUAAAAUACAAUAUUGUAUGUAAUCCUUAUAUGGUCCAGUUAACAGUGUCAUUGAUUAGAAAGAGAGUCCAUUGAAUUGGCCUACAUUUGGUGUUAAUCCUCAAAAUCCGAGUUUCCCCAAAUAACCACAUGAGUUGCUUUCGCCCUCUGUUGUCCUUACUCUUGAUUUGAAAAAGGCAUAUGGGAUAAUAAACUUUUACUGACAUGCUCAUUCACAGAUUUCUGCCAUUGUAGUUGAAGUCUUGAUUAGAAUUUCAGAACCAAUGAAAUCUUGGUGCCGUAGCUUUAAAACCACAGAAUUCGCCACCCUUAGUUGAAGUGAUCAAAUAGCCUGAAUAAUAACCGUUCCACUGUUUUUGGUGGUUUAUGCCUCAUAAUGGGGAUAAAUAAAUGAACCAGUUUAAAUUAUUUCUAGUAUGAUUUGUCCUUGAUCUUAACUGUUGGAGAUUGAUUGGCAAUUGCAGUAGUGCACUUAUUAGUGCUCAUGCACAGUUCAUUCUAAAUAUGUUUGGCAGUAGGUAUAGUGUUGAAAUAAAUCUUUCUUUGCCAUCUUCUGUAAAUUGCGUCAUUAAACCGCUAUUGUGGUUCUCCUCUUCUUUUUUUUUUUUAAUAGAUGCCACCUGCCUAUUGGGGUUUUUAACAAAGCAAAGCCUUGUAUUUUAAAGAACAUUCAGUGGUACAUCGAAAAUGCAUUUAAAUUGCCACCCUACCUUUUUUGUGGUUUGCUUUCCAUUCCGUGCUCAUGACUGCCAAUGGUGUUUUCAGUAAAAUUAUAUAGUAUCUACAGAUGAAUUCUUAUGUUGGUUGGAAGCUUUUCAGCAGGGCUUACAGAUUCCUGUUCAAUCAUUUUUUUCACCUAUUCUGUUUAAGCACUCAGCACAGAGAGGAUGUCAGAGGACCAUUUUCUAUUAUUCUUUUUCUAUAACUGUAUACAGUUUGAUUUCAUUGGAUGUGCUCAAGUUGUAACCCUUUUGGUAUGGAUUGUCCCAAUGGCAGGUCAAGCAAUAAAAUGAUUAAUUCUUGAA